AUGAACAUCGUCACCGGAGGCAGUAACCUCCACAGUCCUCCCCAGAUAUCUCUUCUGGAUGUCUUCUUUCCUGGUCUCGGGGGGGUCUCUGCCUCAGCACAGCAGCUGCUUGCUGGUAACCUCGACAGCUACACUCGACUUCUCUGCACCUUCGGAAUGUUUGUCCUCUUCACCCGCUACGCAGUCCGCUAUGUUUGGGAGCUAGUGAGAAGCUACUUCACUUCGACAAUUCACGUCUCGUAUUAUGACGAAGCGUACGACAUGCUCGUCGAUUGGAUAGCUCACCAACCCUUUGUCCGCAAUGCUCACUCAUUGAUUGCUCGUGUGAGAUCUCCACAGCGAACAAGCAUCCAAUAUCAAGCAAAGAAAAAGCCAUUAACCUUUUCUCCUUGGGACGGGUCUUUCCCUUUCUGGUAUAAGGGACAUCUGCUCAUCCUUCACUGCGCAGUCAAGGAACAUCGAGAAGAUAUCUACAUCUCCUCCAUUGGCCUUUCCCCAAAUAUUCUCAAAGAGCUCGUUGAAGAAUGUCGAAAGAAAUAUCUCAAUGACAUUCAGAGAAAAGUGUCUGUCUUUGAACACCACGAAGGAGAGUGGAAGAAGGCUCGACUGAGACCGAUUCGACCCAUCUCUACGGUCAUCAUGGACAAGCAGGUAAAGGAUGACCUGUUGAGAGACAUGGAGGAGUUUCUGGAUGAGCCCACGCAGAGGUGGUAUGCCGCACGCGGAAUUCCUUAUCAAAGAGGCUAUCUCCUGUUUGGACCUCCUGGGACUGGUAAAUCGAGUUUCAGUCUCUCAAUCGCAGGGCAAUUUGAUCUGGAUAUCUAUACCCUUCAAUUAUCAGGUACCUCCGACAGCAAAUUGAUGAAGCUAUUUUCUGAGCUUCCGCCGCACUGUGUCAUUCUCCUGGAGGACGUGGACGCCGCUGGAUUAGGGCGUAGGGACGACGCCAAUGCAGACCGAGAGAACAAUUCAAGCUCUGGAGUUACUUUGUCCGGCCUCCUUAACGUUCUCGAUGGCGUGUCAUCUCAAGAAGGUCGGGUGCUUGUCAUGACGACAAAUCACAUUGAACAUCUGGACAAAGCACUUAUUCGGCCUGGGCGCAUUGACAAGAAAGUGCAUUUCAAGCUUGCGGAUGAGAAUAUUUCCACUCAACUCUUUCACACUGUCUUCAAGCAGACGGCCGACCACCAGCAAUCCAAGGAGGAAUUCGAUGAUGAGAUGAUUGAGGGUCUUGCUAAAGACUUUGCUGCUAAGGUGCCAGAGCACAAUUUCAGUCCAGCUGAGGUUUUGUCGUUCCUGUUGGAGCGGAAGAACUCACCUAUUGAUGCUGUUAAUGGCGUGCAAGACUGGGCGGCGAGAGCAAAGGAGGCAGGGAGUCAACUGAAGAGAGAGGGUUCUUGGGUACAAGAAAGCGAAUGUUAA